UCGGCUAUCGGCGUCCAUCCAUACUCCAUUACUUCAUAUUCCAUUGCAUUGCGGUAUUGCCUGAUUCUUACGAUCAGUAAGAUCGUUCAGUUUAGAAUUAGAACAGUUUAUAGCUACGAAUUACUAAAAAACAGGAGGCUUCCAUUUAAAGGAUUGAAAAUGGCGAUGGCGACGAGCCAAGUAAAAGGCAGCGGCUGGCCACGUCGAGCGAGCAACAGUUCGUUCGAAGGGAAGGUGGUGCAGAAUCAGUCGGUUACCAUCAACAGGACCGUUAAUUUAUAUCCUUUGACAAACUAUACAUUUGGAACAAAAGAGCCACUCUUCGAGAAAGAUCCAUCAGUACCAGCAAGGUUUCAGCGCAUGAGAGAUGAAUUCGACAAGAUCGGCAUGCGGAGAAGCGUAGAAGGUGUCUUAUUGGUACAUGAGCAUGGACUUCCACACGUUCUUCUUCUGCAACUUGGCACAACAUUCUUCAAAUUACCUGGCGGAGAACUCAAUACAGGAGAAGAUGAGGUAGAGGGCCUAAAACGGCUCCUUACAGAGACCUUUGGACGGCAGGACGGAGUGAAGCAAGAAUGGGUUAUAGAAGAUACAAUUGGAAACUGGUGGCGUCCGAACUUUGAACCACCUCAAUAUCCAUACGUGCCGCCACACAUUACAAAACCGAAAGAACACAAGAGACUAUUUCUCGUACAGUUGCAAGAGAAAGCUCUCUUUGCUGUACCGAAAAAUUAUAAGUUAGUCGCUGCACCUUUAUUUGAAUUAUACGAUAAUUCACAAGGCUAUGGCCCUAUAAUUUCAUCUCUACCACAAUCUCUGUGCAGGUUUAAUUUCAUCUACAUGUGAAACUAGAAUUAGAAGAACAAAACUGAAAUUCUGUUUAAUUUAAUGAAAUCUAUUAUAAACUUAAUA